CCUGUGAACAUCUUCUAUUUCAUAAUCAACCCUGCCCACUUUGGACAGUCAGUAGAAAAUCUGUACUACUUGUUGUCCUUGUUUCACAAUGGUAUCUGUGCCUUAUAUUUAAUGGAAAAUGGUGAACCCAUGAUAUACUUGUGUGAACCACCAAUGAGUGAAGAUUGCAUGGCUGGCAUCUCAAGAUGGGAGAUGGUAGUGGAAGUCAAUAUGGGAACCUGGAGGGUG